AUAUAUAUUCCUUAUCCAAUUGAAAAUGGCUUUAAAUUUACACCACCUUCAAGCAAGGAACUUGAUCCAACAUGCCUUUAUUCCCUUCCUGCUCACUAUAUAUGUUACUUGCAUCCUCUACACCAAAAAAAACAUCAUAGAAAUCCUAAAAAAAAAAAUUAAUAAAUAAAAAUAAUGGCAAGUGGUGUUAGUAUGCCUGCAGCUCGAAAACAACAGUCGAUGAUCGGCGGCAACGAUCGUAGACCAAUGUUGUCCGAUGACAAUGCACUGAGGAAGCAAAUCCAGGCAACUCAUGAUUACGAUGGUCGUUUGUUCGACUUAGAAUCUAUCCUUAUCAUCGUUAAUGAUAUCCUUAAUCUUGUUUCUCCCGGCAUUGAUGGUAUUCUCAAUGGCUCGGGAAAACACGCCGUAAUACGAGAGGAAACUGCAGCCCUGACGGGUUUCGACGGCAUCCAUGACACGUUGGCAUUUCUGUUGAACAAGGUUUCAUGCGAGUUAUCAUGCAAGUGUUCGGGUGGAGGAGGGGGAGACGGCCAUGCAUCGUCAAUUGAAAUACUCAACUCCCUCUCAAGCUACACUUGGGAAGCCAAAGCCGCAAUAGCACUAGCAUCGUUUUCCGUAAACUACGCCCAAUUUUGGCUCGUCGCAAAUCGUUUCACCACCGAUCCACUUGCCAAAUCGGUGGCCCUACUCAAGCAAUUACCGGACAUCAUUAACCUCUCCGACCACGUAAUAAAAUCAAGAUUCGACACGAUUAACAACCUCGUUAAGGAUUUGUUGGAGUUAACUACGUGCAUUGCUAAGUUCAGUCGAUUGAUGCCGUCUAAAUACAUAUCGGAAGACGUUGAACCGAUGGCGGUUGCAAUCGCGCAUUUUCCGGUUGCGGUUUAUUGGAUUGUGAGAAUCUUGGUUGCCUGUGCUUCUCAGGUUACAGAAAUUAUCGGCCUUAAUCGUCAGGUAUUUUCGUCAACGGCAGAAACAUGGGAGCUGUCGAGUUUAGGACACAAGGUGUCGAAAAUACACGAUCACCUCAAGACACAACUCGGUCUUUGCUACCAAUACAUAGACGAGAAGAAAAACACCGACUACUUCCAAACGCUCGUCCGUCUGUUCGAAACGACUCCCCAUUUCGAUAACCAGAGAAUACUCGGCCAAUUGAUAUACUUAAAGGAUGAUCUACAACCGCUUGUUAUCGGCGCCAACAAGAAUAUAAAAGUUGGUGUUGAAGCUCUAAAAGGAAAGACGGUCUUGUUGCUCGUAUCGGAUCUCGAUAUUUCGCAAGACGAGCUUCGCAUACUUAGCCAUAUCUAUCAAGAAUCGAAAACAAGGCCGGAUUUUCACUACGAGAUCGUGUGGGUCCCGGUGGUGGAAAGGACGAUCAAACGGAACGAAGAGCACGAGCUUAAGUUCGAGCAGCUGCAGGGGAAAAUGCCUUGGUACACACUGCACCACCACAGCUUACUAGAACCGGCUGUUGUUAGGUACAUCAAGGAAUUUUGGCAAUUUACGAAAAAGCCGAUUCUCGUGUCGUUGGAUCCACAGGGUAAAGUGGCUAGCCCAAAUGCACUUCACAUGGUGUGGAUUUGGGGCAAUUUAGCAUAUCCUUUUGCUACGAGAAAUGAAUCGAUUUUGUGGGAGGGUGAGAAAUGGAGACUUAAGCUUGUUGUCGAUGGUAUCGAUAAAUCGAUAUUGACUUGGAUUAAUGAAGGCAAGGUCAUAUGUUUGUACGGAGGAGACAAAAUCGAAUGGAUCCGUGAUUUCAUACGAACGGCUAGAAAUGCCGCAAGCUCCGCAGGAAUCGGACUAGAGAUGGUGUACAUAGGCAAAAACGCCACCAAAGAACGAAUGAAGAGGCUCAACGAAACGGUGACAUCGAACGGCCUUAGCCAUUGUUGGACGGACCCCACUUCGAUUUGGUACUUUUGGACGAGAAUCGAGAGCAUGAUGCACUCAAAGUACUCUCACAAUAAAGGCGCCAAAAUCGAUGAUGAUGGUGAUGUUGACCACAUUCGCCGCGAGGUGCUCACUAUGCUCACAUUUGGCGGUGACGGUGAUCGAGGGUGGGCCAUGUUUAGCCAAGGGUCGGGAGCGGGGCCCGGCGAGGUGGCGAGGGCUAAAGGCGACGCGAUGUUGAGUGGUUUGAAAGAUUUCGAGACGUGGGCUCCGGAGGCUACACGGAUCGGCUUUGUGGCGGCACUUAACGACUAUUUGGCGGGAAAUAUGAGCGGCGAGCACUGCAACCGGCUUGUGCUUUCGGGGGUUGACGAUGUUCCGGAAACGGUGGUGUGUGCCGAGUGUCGUAAGCCGAUGGAGAAGUACUUUAUGUACCGUUGUUGUGAUGACUGAAGUUUGAAUCUAGUUAUAUCUAAUUAAGAAUAUGGUUGUAUUAAGUUCUUGAUUUGGUGAAGAAUAAGUUAUGUAGAUUUUUAUGUGUUAAAGACUUUUGGUUUGUAUUUAUGUACUUUAUUGGGUUUCUAUUGUGUGAUCUAGGGUACUAAAUAGUUACUGUGUGCUGUUUUUUUUGUGAGAUUGUGGUAUUCGUUUUCUUUUUACUUCUUUAUUUAUUUUGGUUGUAAAA